AGGGCGGCGGCGGCGGCACCGGGCGAGGCGGCGAGAGCAGCGGCGGCGGCGGCGGCUUUGCGAGUCCCAGGGCAGGGGCCGGCCAUGGCGGAGCCGAGCCCCGAAGAUCCCCCUCCGAGCCUCAAAGCCGAGACGCAGCCUCCGGAGAAGCGGCAACGUACCAUCGAGGACUUCAACAAAUUCUGCAGCUUCGUCCUGGCUUACGCCGGCUACAUCCCCUCCUCCAAAGAGGAGAAUGACUGGACGCCAUCCGGCUCCAACUCCCCGCUGCGUCCGGAGAGCGUGGUGGACAGCGACGGCUGGGAAUCCACGCAGUCGGACCUGCACACCAUCGAGACCUUCGUCAAGAAGGCCAAAUCGUCGAAGAAGAAAGCGGCAUUCCGGCGCCUGAAAUCCGACAGCUCCUUGCUGGAGAAGAUGAAGCUCAAGGACUCCCUUUUCGACUUAGACCCAGUGGGGAAGCAGCCGCCCCCGUUAGCCGGGCCCAAAGUCGCCACCGACAAGAAGAAGGACAAGCGGAACCGAAAGCCGCCUUGGAAGCCGGGGCCGCCAAGCGGAACCGGAGCGACUCUGGGCGAGAAACGCUCGCGCAUCAAAAAGAGCAAGAAGCGGAAGUUGAAACGGUCGGAGCGCGGCGAAAAGCAGAAGCACAAAGCCUCCGUGAGCGAGACGGACUCGGAAGAGGAGGAGGAGGAGGAGGAGGAAGAAGAGGAGGAGGACGGGGCGGGUCCUCUGCGGCCGGGCGGGGAGGAGGGGGCGGGGGCGGCCACGGCACGGGUCUCGGUCCAGGCGCCGCCAGAGCUGCUGGCCACCACUUUCCCCAUUAAGCUGGAGGACACGGAAGGGAAGGAGGGAAUCAGCACGGAGACCAGCCAGGACGGGGAAGGGAGCUCCAGCGAAGGCGAAAUGAGGGUCAUGGACGAGGACAUCAUGGUGGAAUCAGGCGACGACUCGUGGGACCUCAUCACCUGCUACUGCCAGAAGCCAUGCGGGCGGCCCAUGAUCGAGUGCAACCAGUGCGGCACCUGGAUCCACCUCUCCUGCGCCAAGAUCAAGAAGACCAACGUUCCCGACAUUUUCUUUUGCCAGAAAUGCAAAGAAACCUCGCGGAAGCAGGCGCUGCUGGCCCCUCAGCCCCCCACGGCUCUCAGCGCAACAGUCCCCCCAGCGUCGCGGGCAGGCGGGGGGGAGCCCUAGCACAGGAGGGGGCCGUGGCUCUCGGUCGGGCUUUCGUCCCGCAGAGGAAACAAAAAAAACAACAACACCCAAGACCGUGGACGGAGCGGAGAGAGAGAGAGAAAGAGAGGGGAGAGGGGGGCCUGCUCUGGAUUGGGGUCCCCUUUGAACGUCGGGGCCCGAAGACGAGGCGCCAGGCCAGCGGAAGUGGCGACGACGACUCCGGCGUUUAUUAAAAAAAUUGGCCGAUCCCGGCCAGGCUGCAGCCGGCCCUUCUGGCCUCAACCCACCCCCCCUCUCUCUCCUGCCCGUGGGCUCGAUCGGGCGUUCAGGCGAUCGGGAAAGUCCCCUUGUCCACUCUUGGGCCGCCGGCUGUAAGGACAGCCGGGGGGGGAGGACGGGGGACGAUGACAACGGAUGGUUUCCUUUUGGACUCUUCCUCUUCCUCUUUGGUCCUGCUCCAUCUUUUUCUUCUUCUCCUUCUCUGUAAAUAGAAGACAAAAAGGUUUUGUUGUUUUUUGUCCGUUCCCCCCCCCCUUCUUUUCCUGGUUUCGUUUCCCCCGGCACGGUCGGUGUUUCUCGGUUGGGAAGGUUUUUCUGAUUUUUUUGGACACGUCCGAACCUCGGUUGAUUUCGGCCCAGGGUCUGAGAGGCAAAAGAGGGACACAAACACACCGAUUUCUUUGGUUGUGCUUCGAAGAGGGGCACAGUUUGACUUUGUCCCCAUUCGUAUUGAGACUUUUGAACUGGCAGUCUCCAAAUGGGGGCCCUUUGAAGACUUGCGGA